AUGGCCGCAUAUGUCUGGAAUCCCGAUGCCACCUUCCGAAUCACUGACAGUGUCAGGGGCGACAUUAUCUGUAUCGGCCGAACAUUUAGAAGAUUUCAUUCUCGAUGUGCUUGGGGCAUCAGGGAAGAAUCUCCUUCCAAUGCGGCGACGGUUCGUAACCUACUCGGUGUCAUGGGUGCGAAUCCCCCUACCCUCGUGACCGGUCAGCAAUUAGAGAUGCUUGCCCGCCAUUGCCUAUGCUCUUACCACCAGAGACAAAUUUCGCAAGCCACAUCGGAACUCAGAGGGCAUCUUGCUGUGGCUGUUCAGGCAUACGAACAGUACAACGACGUGAAACGACGGUAUGAGGUGCUCCGCGGUGCAUUGGUUCGACUUCUUGGGCUUCAGGAUGGUGGCCAGUCCGAUGAGGACUUGGUCCUUCAAAUUAAAUGUCUAAUCGUUCUUGCGGGAGAGUUUGCGCCCGAGGCUGGCGAUGUCAGAAGUCUAGUCAUUCUUGCGCAACAGUUUGUGCUUGAGGCUGUCGAUCAGUCUGAUGAAGAGAUGUCUUCAGUCUAG